CACAAACACAAAGAGUUCGAUACGAACUCAAGUCUUUCCAAGAACGUGGAUAACGAACUCCACGCAAGUGUCUCCGCCAUGCAACCACCGCGCUCGAAGGGUGGUGCUCCAACCACUUAUCGAGGCGUUACAAGAUCGAUGACCAGACGUCAACAACGCAACUCACUGCCGCUACCUGAAGACCUCGCUAUGGAGAUAUUCUCGAGGCUGCCGCCGAAGUCGAUAUCGAGAUUUCGCUGCGCAUCCAAGCUCUUCUCCUCCAUGCUUCGCAGCCAAUACUUCACAGACUCCUUCUUGACCAGAUCUUGCGCUCGCCCUCGGCUCCUUUUCGCAUGCGAAGAUCACGGAGAGUUUAUCUUCAUCUCGUCCCCUCAGCCCGAAAAUCCCGAAGAGAACUCGCACGUUGUAGCCUCAAACCCUCUUGCGUGUUUCCCACGUUCCAAUGGAUUCUACGGUUGUACCAACGGCUUCUUCUGUUAUGAACCUGACCUGUUCUUUAAGGGGCUGAAAAAGCCAGUGCGUGUUCCGGUGAUAUGUAACCCCAGCACGGGACAGUCCUUGACCACGCCUAGGUUGAUCUCGAAAAAGAGGUAUGGAGUGAAAAGCUAUCUUGGAUAUGAGCCCAUGAAGAAAGAGUUCAAGGUGUUGUCGAUGACUAAGUCGUUUGUGAGUGAUGAGUGGAACUCAAUGGAGCACCAGGUUCUGACAUUAGGAACAGAGAAACUGACAUGGAGGUUGGUCGAGUGUUGCAUACCACAUGUGCAUUCUUGUAAGUGGAUAUGCAUCAGCGGUGUUCUCUACUACGCAGCUAGAGCAGUCGGAUCUUAUGAGAAUGCUAUGGUAGUUUGUUUUGAUCUGAGGUCUGAGAAGUUCAGCUCUGUCAAGUUCGGUAAAGCAAUGCCUGGUUCAACAACUCUGGUAAACUACGAUGGGAAACUAGGUUUGCUUAUGUCUGGAGAUUCUCAUGAUAAUGUUACUCGAGCAACUUCAAGUCUUGAGCUGUGGGUUCUGGUUGACGCUGCAAAAGACGAGUGGUCCAAUCAUGUAUACGUGUUACCACCUUCCUGGGGGGAGGUUGUGGUUGCAGAGAUGACCAUGUGCAUUGCUGGAAUGGUUGGUACCAAUGAGAUCGUCUUGUCCCCGCGUUACCAAAGAGUACCUUACUAUGUCAUCUACUUCAACGUGGAAAGAAAGACCAUCACACAAGUUGGAAUCCAAGGACUGGAAGCGUUUCAGGGUAAGAGUUUCGACACCUAUGUCAACUAUGUUGAGAAUGUGAAGUUUCUUUAAGCAAUUUUAUAAGUGAGAGACGAGUGUAGUUUUCAUUUGUGUGUGUUUCGUUUUUUUUUCUAGCAUCUUAGUUUGAAAAAGCCCACCUGUUGUGGAUGAUAUAGGUAAUGUUCUUGGUACAGACUCUUUACGAAUGUAUAUACUAAUCCAAAACAGAAAAGU